UACGCGUGCGCCAGGCGUGUAAAAGGGGGGCGUGGCUCGGUGUGAAGUAGGAAGCAAGAUGGCGAUGUCCGUGGGACACCGGUACCUGAGGUUACUGCUCGGGGUCGCGCCGUGGCGGAGCAGCCUCUGUCACUGUGAGAACUCUGCCCCAAGCCACUUCCUACAGCCCUUAAAGAAACUGCCACUUAGAACCUUUCACACAGGUACCAGAAAAGUUCACACUGCCCCUGCCCGAACGUUGUUCCUACUGCGCCCCUUGCCCAUUCUGUUGGCGACAGGUGGCGGGUAUGCAGGGUACCGGCAGUAUGAGAAGCACAGGGAGCGAGAGCUGGAGAAACUGGGAUUGGAGAUCCCACCCAAACUCGCUGGUCACUGGGAGGUGGCCCUGUACAAGUCAGUGCCGACACGUUUGCUGUCACGGGCCUGGGGCCGCCUCAACCAGGUAGAGCUGCCGCACUGGCUGCGCAGGCCCGUCUACAGCCUGUACAUCUGGACCUUCGGUGUGAACAUGAAGGAGGCCGCUGUGGAGGAUCUGCACCACUACCGUAACCUCAGCGAGUUCUUCCGGCGCAAGCUGAAGCCACAGGCCCGGCCUGUCUGUGGCCUACACAGUGUGAUCAGCCCAUCGGAUGGGAAGAUCCUCAACUUUGGGCAGGUAAAGAACUGCGAGGUGGAACAGGUGAAGGGGGUCACCUACUCCCUGGAGUCAUUCCUGGGCCCACGCACCUGCACAGAGGACCUGCCCUUCCCACCAGCCACCUCAUGUGACUCCUUCAAGAACCAGCUGGUCACCCGGGAAGGGAAUGAACUCUACCACUGUGUCAUCUACCUGGCCCCUGGGGACUACCACUGCUUCCACUCCCCCACUGACUGGACCAUUUCCCACCGGCGCCACUUCCCAGGUUCCCUGAUGUCAGUGAACCCUGGUAUGGCUCGCUGGAUCAAAGAGCUCUUCUGCCACAAUGAGCGGGUGGUCCUGACUGGGGACUGGAAACAUGGCUUCUUCUCACUGACAGCUGUGGGGGCCACCAACGUGGGCUCCAUUCGCAUCUACUUCGACCAAGACCUGCACACAAACAGCCCGCGGUACAGCAAGGGCUCCUACAAUGACUUCAGCUUCGUGACGCACGCCAACAAGGAGGGCGUCCCCAUGCGUAAGGGCGAGCACCUGGGCGAGUUCAACCUGGGUUCCACCAUUGUGCUCAUCUUCGAGGCCCCCAAGGACUUCAACUUCCAACUGAAGGCAGGACAGAAAAUCCGCUUUGGAGAGGCUCUGGGCUCUCUCUAGAGCCUCUUUCCUGGCUGCGGCUGCUGAGGGAGCUUUUCCAGAUGGACAGAGUGUGAGGGUCUUUUAAAGGGGAAACUCCAGAAGGCCAUCCCAGGGAGGGCCUGCCUCAGGGCCCCAGGGGUGGGUAGGUCUGACCAGGUAGGACCUGAAUGAUUCAGCUCCCACCUGUCCCAGAGGCUCAGACAAGAGGU